CCAUCUACUCUGGGAGGUUUGUGGUAAUAACUGGGAUCACAGUUCCCAGUCACCGUGACUGCCAGUUGUACAUCCUCUAGCCACGCGCCGUGCCCGUUGAGAUGGACGUCGCCGCCCUUCGCGUGGAGAUCAAGAGUUGGGAGCGCGAAUUCAAGGCAAAACACGGCCGGGACCCGUCCAUCCAGGAAAUCAAGGACCAGCCCGCAAUCGCCGCAAAGUACAAACUCUACAAGUCCCUCUCUAAGGCCGUUUCUUCCCGCUCGCAUCCCGCUGCGCGCCCCUCUACGCCCCCGUCCUCGGCGCCACGUCAACCCCAGGCAUCCUCAUCCAUCCUGCCGAAGGCUAGAGCCGUUAAGGUCGAUCCUCCUCUUACUACUUCCAAUCCCUUCUCGCCUGUCAAGAACAGGAAGAAGCUGCCAAAUGAUCAAUCUUCACCACAACGUGCAUCUAAUCCAUCCCGCCCGAACCCUUUCGCAACUCCCAGCAAGACGAAGACCAAACCCCAUGUCACCCGGCGUUCCCCCUCCCCGAACCCGUUUCCGCCAAUACCGCCCAUGGUUAUGGUCCAGCGCACGCCUACAGCUCCCGUCGCUGAUUCUGCUGUCACACGCGCACGUAAACGCCUCCGCGGUGAACCCGUAUCACCUUCUCCGGUCAAAGAGAAGCGUCCACGCGUGGCGUCUCAAGCUGCGGUCUCCUUUAAUAGCCACGCUGCUCUCGACAGCCCCGACGCCUCCGACGGAGAUGAGAUGGCUGCGGAUCAAAAUGACACUAUCAUCGCCGACACGCCUAUGAAGCCGCGUACAGGCGGACGGGACUUCAAGAUCCUAUUCGACGACGUCCUCCCAAACGGGGAGAAGCGUCUCGUAAAGUCUCUUUCAUCUCGGAAGAAGUCCAACUCCUCGCAGAACGUCUUCCUCGGCGCCAAGAGGGCGCAGUCGCGUGCGCUCACCCCUUCCUCGGACGAGGAAGACGACUGGAGCCUCAAGCCGCGACUGAAAGGUCUCGACGCGUCUGUGGUGGGAUCGGCGAAGCUCUCGCAGCAGAAGGGUCGAACGGUCAACGGGAAACACGGCAUCCCAAAGGCGCUCAUACCAGGCAGGAAUGAUUUGUGGUCGGACAUGGGGCCUCCGAGACCUUCCUCACUCUCUCGCACGGCUUCGGCGAACCCGCCUUCGCGCACGUCGAACAAGCGGUCUCUGCCUGACGACCAGGAUGACGCUGAGAAUGACGUUAACUCUACAAAUACCUUCCUGAAUCUGCCGCUCCUUCCGCCCUCUCCUCCCCCGCCCGACUCCUCCAAGCCUUCCGGGCCGGAGUACGCCGAAAAGGGAAAGGGAAAGGCUGCGGCGCUCAGUCGAAAGAAGGCGAAACUCCUGCAGGACUCCAACGGCGCAGACGAGGAGGACGAGGAGGACAGCCUCGACGACGAGAUCCAGGUGAAGGAGAUCGACCCUUCGUCUCGGUCCUCCAGGGCGGAGCGCGAUGUGGAUCCAGACUCUGAUUGGGAGGCGCACUGGCGACCGCCGUCGGAUCACCUACCUCAUAACGCAGACCCUGCCAAGUUUGAGAUCAACCUUCCGGAUGAGCUCCAGCGUGUCUUAGCCAUAUCGCCUGGUCGAGGUCAUGGGACGGAGGAAGAGAAGGUCGUCCGCGAACUUCUGUACGGCAGUCGCGAGGUCCAUUACAACGCGCGCAAGGGCGGCGAGAUCUGGGAUGUGGGAGAGGACGAGGACCACGUUGGAGGGACCGAAGAAGAGUGGGAGGGCGAGCCAGUGCCCUGGGAGGAAGGGGAGCUAUAGGCUGUGUACACCUAGUAUGUGGCGACAUGUUUUUGGACGC